CGUGUUGCUUGCUCGGAGGUACAGGAAAAAGGACACGUUGAAGCAGCCAGCCUGCUUGCCCACGUUGCCGCAGCUUAAAGUAUCCCAACACCGCCCUGAACAUCUCUCCGGGUUUCGCGUCCUUCUUUCCUUGUCCGUGUGUGUGUGUGUGUGUGCGUGCCUGGAGCCCCUCGAACUUUUCUUGCCACUGUCCCCAGAACGGCUUCUGUUGCCGUCGUUCGUUGUCGUCUUUGAUACCCCUCUGCUCUCCCACCCGCCCGUCAGUCGCCGUCCGCAACCAUGAAGUACAGGUUUAUGACGGCCGCGCUGUCCGCGGCCACCCUAUUCCUGGGUGGUGCGAACGCCCACGGCGACCAUGGCCACCACGCCGAGGAUGCCCAGAAGGUCGUCAAGGACGAGGCAGCCACCCCCUCUCCAUCAUCCAGCCCUCUGCCUGAGAUCCCGGCUUUCAAACCGACCAAGCUCAAGGCCCCGUUCCUGGAGCAGUUCACCGACGAUUGGGAGUCGCGAUGGAAGCCUUCGCACGCCAAAAAGAACAUGAAGGGUUCGGGCAAGGACGAGGAGGAAUGGGCUUACAUUGGCGAGUGGGCUGUCGAGGAGCCCAGCGUCUACAAGGGAAUCAACGGUGACAAGGGUCUCGUUCUGAAGAACCCUGCUGCCCACCACGCCAUCUCGGCCAAGUUCCCCACAAAGAUCGACAACAAGGGCAAGGCCCUGGUUGUGCAGUACGAGGUGAAGCUGCAGAAGGGUCUGGAGUGCGGCGGUGCCUACCUGAAGUUGCUCAGGGACAACAAGGCCCUGCAUCAAGAGGAGUUCAGCAACACCACUCCUUACGUCAUCAUGUUCGGUCCCGACAAGUGCGGCCACACAAACAAGGUGCACUUCAUCUUUAACCACAAGAACCCUAAGACGGGCGAGUACGAGGAGAAGCACCUGAACACUCCCCCAACGGCGCGCAUCGUCAAGACGACGGAGCUUUACACGCUCAUCGUCCACCCCAACAACACCUUUGUCAUCCAGCAGAACGGCAAGCAUGUCAAGGAGGGCAACCUUUUGGAGGACUUCAGCCCCUCGGUCAACCCCGAGGCAGAGAUUGACGACCCCAAGGACAGCAAGCCCGACGACUGGGUUGACGAGGCCCGCAUUCCUGACCCGGAUGCCAAGAAGCCCGAGGACUGGGACGAGGAUGCCUCGUACGAGAUUGUUGAUGAGGAGGCUACCCAGCCCGAGGACUGGCUUGUGGACGAGCCCCUCAGCGUUCCCGACCCGGAGGCCAAGAAGCCCGAGGACUGGGACGAUGAGGAGGAUGGUGACUGGAUCGCCCCCACGGUGCCCAACCCCAAGUGCGCUGACGCCUCGGGCUGUGGCCCGUGGACCAAGCCCAUGAUCAAGAACCCCGCCUACAAGGGCAAAUGGACGGCUCCCUACAUCGACAACCCUGCCUACAAGGGUGUUUGGGCUCCCCGCAAGAUCAAGAACCCCGACUUCUUCGAGGACAAGACGCCUGCCAACUUUGAGCCCAUGGGAGCUAUCGGCUACGAGAUCUGGACCAUGCAGAGCGACAUCCUGUUCGACAACAUCUACAUUGGCCACUCGGUUGAGGAUGCCCGCAAGUUCGCCGACGAGACCUUCUUCGUCAAGCAUCCCAAUGAGGAGCUCCUCGAGCUUGCUGAGAAGCCCAAGGACGACAACAAGCCCAAGACUGACUUGGGCAAGACGCUCACUGAGGACCCUGUUGCGUUCGCCAAGGAGAAGCUGGAAAUGUUCAUGACCCUCUCCCAGGACAGCAUCCCCAACGCCAUCCGCUUCGUUCCCGAGGUCCCCAUCGCCGCCGGAGCUAUUCUUGUCACUCUUCUUGCCGGCGUUGCCGCUCUCCUGAACCUGGGUGGCUCCCCCGCCCCGGCUGCCAAGAAGGUUGCCAGUGAUGCGAAGGCCAAGGCGAAGGAUGUCAAGGCGAAGGCUGAGGCUACUGGUGCUGAUGUCAAGGAGAACGUUACCAAGCGUGCUGGUAAGGGGCAGCAGUAGUAGAUAUCGAGUGUUAAAAAUGGGACAGUCUCGCUGGAGGCGUGACGGGUAACAUAAUGAGUUAUUCAACGAGGGAAAAAAACCAAUUCCCACAAGGACCCAACGGACAUGGCGGAGAUUCGGAUAAAAUUUUCUUUUCUGUUAUUUCUACGAUUUCAAUAUUUCGGCGUCCCCUAUAGGGACAAACAUGUGAUUUGGUGUUUAAGCGGGUUUCUUUUCUGUGCUGUUGUUUUAGAUGCGGACUGGACGUUUCUCUUUCUUUGUGACAAAAUAACACCUAAAGGUUAGCAGCACGGGGCCAUGCAUGCUUUUCAUCGUGCACCAUCUUCGUUUCCCCAACCCGCCUCGGUUCUCCAGGAGCUAGCUACCCCACAUUCUACCGGCGCUUGACUGUUUCUA